UACAUACCUCGAUAUCUUUGAGCACCACGCCCAAAAACCCAGGAGCUGAGCUAUCAAUUCACCUUCCCAUCUCUAACCUACAAACCGCCCAACAUGGCAGAAGUGUCAUUCGCCAAGUCCUUCCUCUCCACGCUGGACUCGCGACCGCAAAAGAUCACACCAGACCAUGUCGAAGACCCAAGAACAUACCCAGCGCGCUCACCCUACACCCUCCCCCGCCCCGCCAAACAAAUGACCCGCCCCCACCGCCGCGCCCCCGGCUCCGAACCAGGCAUAACGGUAUCCGUCCGGCCCCUCCUGCAGCGCGGCGGAAACGACGUCGUUACGGAGCUGCUCGCCCAGCCCCCCGGCACGUCCGUCCUAGACAUCAAGGCCGCUGUCGCGGCGCGCGCCGGCGUCCCCGCCGCGCGGGUGCGCCUGCUGCACCGCAAGAAGCCCGUGCCCGACACGCGGGUGCUGCGCGACCUCGUUGGCGAGGACGGCGGGGCGGCGGUUGUGGAGCUGGCGUUUAUGGUUAUGGGGGGUGCUGGUGGUGGUGCGGCACCGGCGGCGGCGGCGACACAGGCACCGCCAGCCCCCGGGGUUGUUGUCGCGGAGGGGCUUGCCGGGACGGCGGUGCUGGGGACGGAGGAGUUCUGGGGCGAUCUGAGGGGGUUCCUGCAGCAGAGGGUGCGGGAUGAGGCGGUUGCUGAGGAGGCGCUGGGGCGGUUCCGUGGGGCUUGGGAGGGAAGGAGCUGAUGGGUUACAAUUUGACGGACGGAGUUGCGAGGCCGUUCGUUGGACAUUGGGACGGCACAUCGUGGGGCUGUUGGGAUGAGCGGACCCUGGAUGCCGGCUUGCAGAGACGGGCGGGCAAACGGUUCGGUCGCAUGUUGCAGCUAUGAGAGGUGCUGGUGAUAGAGGUUGACGCAUGCUAAGGGCAGGAUUCCUAGGAAAGGGCGGUUGCUAUACUCCCGAAGCCGGUGUUACGUACAUUCGGGAAUUACCUACAGUCCAACCUGAUUGUUCUGGCUUACAUAGAUAGCCACGGCCCGCAUCAAAUCUGGAAGUUCAUCAUCACGGUCGAGGAUAUAUGCAGGGAGAGCAAGAUUGGGGGUUGCAAAGAAAAAGGUCCACGACCAUUUAGAUAAUCGUUUCCUCAUAAGUGGC